AUGUCUUGGUCAAGUCCGGAUAGCCUGGAGUCUGGACCCUCGGGCCUUGGAUUCUCGCACCGGCUUUAUGACCUCUCACCUACCCAGUUGACCUUUCUCCUUUCGACCCCAACGGUCUUCAACUUUUCAGCAGCGCACACGCCCGCAUUGCCGUUUGUUGGGACAAAUUUACGCCAAUCUUCGGAACUGUUUGAGAAACGUUUGUACUCAAUUUCAGCGGAGAGACCAUUCUAA